AUGAGGUCGGAGAAAUCCCUCACGCUGGCGGCGCCGGGGGAGGUCCGUGGGCCGGAGGGGGAGCAACAGGACGCGGGAGACUUCCCGGAGGCCGGCGGGGGCGGGGGCUGCUGUAGUAGCGAGCGGCUGGUGAUCAAUAUCUCCGGGCUGCGCUUCGAGACCCAACUGCGCACCCUGUCGCUGUUCCCCGACACGCUGCUGGGAGACCCUGGUCGCCGCGUCCGCUUCUUCGACCCCCUGAGGAACGAGUACUUCUUCGACCGCAACCGGCCGAGCUUCGACGCCAUCCUCUACUACUACCAGUCCGGGGGCCGCCUGCGGAGGCCGGUCAACGUGCCCCUAGACAUCUUCUUGGAGGAGAUCCGCUUCUACCAACUGGGGGAUGAAGCCCUGGCGGCCUUCCGGGAGGACGAGGGCUGCCUGCCAGAAGGUGGCGAGGACGAGAAGCCACUGCCCUCCCAGCCCUUCCAGCGCCAGGUGUGGCUGCUCUUCGAGUACCCUGAGAGCUCGGGCCCCGCCAGAGGCAUCGCCAUCGUCUCCGUGUUGGUCAUCCUCAUCUCCAUCGUCAUCUUUUGCCUGGAGACCUUGCCCCAGUUCCGUGCAGAUGGUCGAGGUGGAAGCAAUGGUGUGAGCAGAGACUCCCCAAUUUCCAGGGGUAGUCAGGAGGAAGAGGAAGAUGAAGAUGAUUCCUACACUUUUCAUCCUGGCAUCCCGCCGGGGGGAAUGAUGGCAGGGGGCUCAUCCUCACUCAGUACUCUUGGGGGCUCUUUCUUUACUGACCCCUUCUUUCUGGUGGAGACCUUGUGCAUAGUUUGGUUCACUUUUGAGCUCCUGGUUCGCUUUUCUGCCUGCCCUAGCAAGCCAGCCUUCUUCCGCAACAUCAUGAACAUCAUUGACUUGGUGGCCAUCUUCCCCUACUUCAUCACCCUGGGCACUGAGCUGGUGCAGCAGCAGGAGCAGCAGUCAGCCAGUGGAGGGGGUGGCCAGAAUGGGCAGCAGGCCAUGUCCCUGGCCAUCCUCAGGGUGAUCCGCCUGGUCCGGGUGUUCCGCAUCUUCAAGCUGUCCCGCCACUCCAAGGGGCUGCAGAUCCUGGGCAAGACCUUGCAGGCCUCCAUGCGGGAGCUGGGUCUGCUCAUCUUCUUCCUCUUCAUCGGGGUCAUCCUCUUCUCCAGUGCCGUCUACUUCGCAGAGGCUGAUGAUGAUGAUUCACUCUUUCCCAGCAUCCCGGAUGCCUUCUGGUGGGCAGUGGUUACAAUGACCACGGUAGGCUACGGAGACAUGUACCCCAUGACGGUCGGGGGCAAGAUCGUGGGCUCGCUGUGUGCCAUCGCUGGGGUCCUCACCAUCGCCCUGCCUGUGCCGGUCAUUGUCUCCAACUUCAACUACUUCUACCACCGGGAGACGGAGCAGGAGGAGCAAGGCCAGUAUACUCAUGUCACUUGUGGGCAGCCUGCACCAGACCUGAAGGCAGCUGACAGUGGACUUGGCAAGCCUGAGUUCUCUGAGACCACUCGGGAACGGAGACCCAGCUACCUUCCCCCUCCGCAUCGGGCAUAUGCAGAGAAAAGGAUGCUCACUGAGGUUUGACUGAUGCAGGAAGGGCAUCAAUGAGAAGGACGACACUGAGCAGUCUCAGGCUUCCUUCUCAUUCUCCACUCCCUUCACCCGACCUCCAGCCGACUUCCUGACUCCCUCCCCUGCACUCAGUCCUGAUACCUGGACUGUCAGCCUUGUUGCUUGAUUUCCACAGCAUUCAAGGUUCAUCCAUCUAAGUGACAUUUUUGAAAUUCUAACGGUGCCACCCAUUCAUGCCCAUCUUCUGUCAUGUGGAUGAGAUUUCCGUCUGACCUUCCCUCAUGACUGUAAAUUUUCAUGUCUGGGGCUUGGAAUUCUCUAGGAACAAAGAUGUCAACCGGAUGGAAACCAAGCAUACCUGGGCCCUAUUUCUCUCCUUAGCGUCCUUUGCUUUGGGGCAUGCACCUAUCAGCUUCUGGCUAGGUGGUAACUAGCAGAAGCUGGAGGACAGAAACAGUGUUCAUCUUUCUGUUUUAUUCCCGUGCCUGUGACACCUGCUAGUCAUCCUUCAGAGGACCCUUGGUAAAGCCUUUAGCUGCACAGCCUCCAGAUAUGUCAUUCAUCUUUAAUCUUGGAAGGAAUUAGAGAAACUACAGUUAAACUUGGCCAUUUGGAGGCCAUGAGAGUCAGUCCCAGACCAAAGGGGCCAAUGGAUUCUUCCAGGUGUCCUGGCAUGGUGGAAAUCGGCCUUUGGUCUGCAUUCAGUCUUUCCCUCCCCGACUGUCUAGCUUCCAGGAAGGUUCCUUCUCAGAGCCAAAUACUCUUUUUGUGCAAGUGCCUUCCUGUGCAGAGGAACUGGAAAGAGGGAACCACAGAGCCAGGAGAAAUGGCAACUAGCUUGACGGAGUAUCUACAGAGUUAGUAUCAGUUAAGCAGCCACUGUCAUCUGGGAGGCGUGCAAAGAGGAGCCUUGUUGCAGAUGGCAAGUUUGUCUUCUUUGCUUGCCCCCCAACCCUCUCCAGCACCCCACCCUCCUUCUUCCUGGGCAUUUGACUUAGGAU